GCCGCCGCCACGGGGUCCUCCCGUAUCCCAGCAGCCAGCGCAACGCCAGUCGGUGACAAAGGACUGGGGGGAAGCGUCGUUGUCCCCGCGCUCGCCGUGGGGAGGGACCGAGCCCGAGGAGCCGCGUUCUGUCCGUCGUCGAAGAAGGCUGGAAAAAUGCUUUGGGUUUUUUAACUGAAUCGGAGAAGGGAAGUGCGAGUGGCGGCGAGCCGCGGGAGGGCGGCGGCGGCGGCCCGGGGGCUCCGCGCCAAUGCAGCAGCCACCACGGCAGCCCGAGUUAGGGGAAGGCAAUCUUCCCGUGUUCGUGUUUCCUACGGAACUUAUCUUUUAUGCAGACGACCAGUCCACCCACAAGCAGGUGCUGACUCUGUAUAAUCCCUACGAGUUUGCCUUAAAGUUCAAAGUGCUGUGCACCACCCCCAACAAGUACGUGGUGGUGGACGCCGCGGGUGCAGUAAAGCCUCAGUGCUGCGUGGACAUCGUCAUUCGUCAUAGAGAUGUCCGGCCCUGUCACUAUGAUGUAAUAGACAAAUUCCGUCUUCAAGUGUCCGAACAAAGCCAAGGGAAGGCUUUAGGACGCAAGGAGAUUAUUGCGACCCUUCUGCCGUCGGCCAAAGAACAACGAAAGGAAGAAGAGGAAAAAAGGAUAAAGGACCACUUAGCAGAAAGUGUCUUUUUUGAGCAGAUGCUGUGUCAAACGGAAAACAGGGCUGUCUCCUCGGGACCUAGUUUGUUAACCGUCUUCCUGGGAAUCGUGUGCAUUGCAGCUCUUAUGCUUCCUACAUUGGGAGAAGUGGAAUCUCUAGUGCCUCACUACUUCCAUUUAAGUGUGAAUCAAAAACUAGUAGCUGCUUAUGUUUUAGGUCUUAUAACUAUGGUUAUACUUAGAAUAUGAGCAAGGACUGAAAUUGACUGAAAUCAUUUCGCCUUCACAUCAUCAUGAAUGUGGACUGCCCUUUAAUUCCCUCUUGACUCUAUGCUACAGAAAAACUUGGGUGAUUUAAAAUACUUGCAAAUGUGUAAUAUAUGUAUAUAUUUUAAACUGAUGUAUGACUUUAUUUGAAGGACGCCAGCACCUUGUGCUCAAGUUACAGAUAGUUAUGAUAGUUUGUUGAAUGACUCCUGUAAAAUUAUCUGAGGAAAUUUUUAUAACUAUACUAAAGUGUUGGGGGGGAAGGCUUAUUAAAGUAACAUUUGCUGUUUUUUAAAAAGGGAAGGAGAAUGAAGCUAGGAACCAUGAAUGAGAUGCUGCAAAGGGGAAAAUUUAGCCUUGAUGUCAGGGAAUACUUCUUUAAAAUUAGGGCUGUCCAAAAGUAGAAUGGGCUGCCUCAAGGCUGAAUGACCACGUGCUGAGUACCUUAAGUGAGGAUUGUUUUUUCCUUCAGGUUGGCCACUAAGGUACUGGAAACAUUGAGAUAAUGUGGUAGUUCGGAUGGUAACUUUAAGGGAGGAACUUAAACAAAUGUUGUGAUACUUAAGGCAUUAAAAGUUAAUUGAAAUGUAAAUCAUCAUUAAGCUAGUAGAGUUGGUUGUACUGGCAUUUAAUGUUGUUUCUAACAGCAGUUUUUAAAGCAGCAUUGGGAAUUAGGGAGAACCAAAAAGCACUCUUUUUUGAUUUUCAUUUCAGGUAUGGAAAAAGUACUGGGGGAAAACAGAAAAAAUACUGAGCCAGGCUUCAAGAGACCUGAGUUCCAAGUCCUGACUCAGUCACUACCUCAAUGUGUAGGCAAGUUUUUCCCCUCUUUGAAUCUCAAUUUCUUUCCCAGUAAAAGAGGAAGUUGGACUAAAUUUCUGAGAUGACUCCUAGUUCUAAAGUUCUAUGAUUUUAAUGUUCAAAGGAAUAAAAUGUGAGUAAAUAAGGUGCUCUGAUGAUCUACUGUCUUGUUAAUGUGGGUAUUAUUCCCUCCAGUGAUGCAGAUGGCAGCCCAAGUAUGCCUUCUUAUUUUCUCCAGCUCCUUCUUUGUCAUCCUAUAAAUCCUUCAUUUGGGGGUCCACCUAAUA